CCUGCCAUAAUUGGACUAACUGGACAUUAUGAUGACAGAUUGGUCUCAAAUGGAUGAUGAAUGAUACACAACUGAGAAACAUACCAACAUGAUUUCUUAAUCACUGACAAAUACAAUCGCUCGGGAAACAUUGGAAUCAAACAAUUGAUGCACAUGUUAAGAUGGCUAAAUGGAAAAAAGAAACAAAUAAUGGACAGUGAUAAGAAAAAACAUUUUUUUAAAAAUAAUAAAAAGUGAUAUUGAUAUUUGAUAUUAACGACAAAACAAGAUGAAAGUGGGAGGCAUAUACGUUCUGCUACAUGUACAUGUGGUAUACACCAUACAACAAGCUGGAUUCUUUAAAUUGAUACAGAAUGACCAUAAAUUGCCCGGUUACAUCAUACAACAAAAGAUGGUCGACUCCAAGGCUGAAUGUGCCCAGUUAUGUAUCACACGCAACUGUUUCUCAUUUAAUAUUGACAAUGAUAACAUGAAUGAGAAACUCUGUGAAGUAAACUCCGAGAGCCUACAGUUUCAAGGGACAUCGUUGACGCCCCAAACUGGUUCAGACCACUACCAAAAGGUUCCUGAUAUAUUCAAUGUGCAUGCAGUGUGGUACCAUGGUAAUACAGGUAACAUAUAUGCCCUUACUGAUGAUAGAAUUGUCUACAUCUAUGCAGAUGAAAACUCCCUACAUAAGCCUCCCAUGCAGGUGACAGACCUUGACAAUAUGCUCCCCAGUCUGACGACCAAUGAGAUCCAUGAUAUUCAGUUCAUGUAUGCACCAACAAUAAACUUCACCAGGGUGUUCGAAGGUGCAAACAUCUGGCUCUACGAGAAAGACCUCCCAAAGACGUCACCGAACUAUUUCCCAAAAGCCGCAAGCUUUGUUUACGGAGUUGGCAUUCCAGCUGCCCCAGAUGCUGUAUUCAUGACGGCAAGUGCAUAUUUCGUGAAGGACAACAUCAUUUUCAUAUCAAACGGAAGCGUCAUUGACAGCUAUGACAUCACAGACCCUAAUCCUACAAAAGAGUUCCAGAAUGUCCCGGUGAUUAAUGGUAUCACCUCGGCAACAGAAACAGGAACGACAGGAGUGUUUUUGUUUUUUGAGAACAGUGCAUUUAUCAGAUACGACACGGCAACUAAACUGUACACGAAAUCACGCUUACAUGGCCCACAGUGAUUUAUAUCAAACAUAUGUUGAACAUUAUAGACAAAUUAUUAGAAAAAGGACAAUGCCCAUAUAUACUUGCAAUCUGCAACCAUUAUAUUAGUGAUGACUUGGUGCUAUUCUAGUGACAAACGAGCUCUGACACAAAGUUGUCAUUUAUCAUUUAAACACAGCAGUACAGCACCUUAAUGGCACCAAAUUAUCAAAAUUUUACAAUAUUUUUGCUGUCAUCAUUCCAUGUCAUGUUUAUUUUCUAAAGUCUAAGGGUUUGACUAAUAUCAGGGUAAUCCCUUGAUUUUUAAUUUCAGGUUAUUUUACAAAAAUAAAAAAGGUGGAUUUCAAUAGACAAGUUGCGAGUAGAAAUAAUCUUGAUAUAUGUCAUUUAAAAUUCAAACUUCAGUCAGAGUGAUACCAUACUUAAAAUCUACAUGUAAAUUUAAAUCUAGAAAUGUUGUUUUAAAAAGUGUUUCUCAACUUUGAAAAUUUAGUUUU